AAGUGAAAGUAGGAAAUACGACGCACAUGUAUUAGGCAUUUAACGAUUAUUUGAUGACUGCAGUUAAUAGCGCUUAUAAACGCCCUAUCUGUAUACGCUGUUCACAAAAUCAACAUGAAAGGAAAGAAAAAAAAUAAGUUGAAGGGAAAGCCAAUGCCCGUCAAAGGAAAUCAAGAAACAAAACUACACGUAGAUUUGAAACUAGAAAAAGAACCAACUGCAAAGAAGAGAAAACAGUCAUCUGAAGUCGAAAAUGAUGAAGUUUCUGCUGCUAGAAAAAAAGCAAAGACUGCAUCCGAGAUGACCAAAAAAAAUCUAAAAGACAUGCCAGUAACUGAUUCAAAGAAAGAAGAAAAGAAAAAAGCCAAGUCUGCUUUUGAGAUGACAAAGAAAUCUGAAAAGCACAUGCCGGUCACUGAUUUAGAUAAAAGGAGAGAGAAUAAAGCAAAAUCUGCUUUUGAAAUCAGAAAGAAAAGUGUCACUGAGACAAAGAAUGAAGAAUUACGACUGGAAACAGCAGUGUCAAAGAAUAAAAAGAAGAAGAAGAAAAAGUCAGGGAAAAAUAGUCCUGCGGCAGUGAAUAGAAUUGAAAAAAAUAGUCCUGCUGCAGUGAAUAGAAAUGAAAAAAAUAGUCCUGCUGCAGUGAAUAGAAAUGAAAAAAAUAGUCCUGCUGCAGUGAAUAGAAAUGUAGAAAGGAGUAGGAAAAGUCCGAGAAAGCAAGGAAUGAUUAAGAAAACAAAAGAGGACAAAGAAGCUUCUGUAGCCACAUCUAGAAAUGAUGAUACCAUUGAGAGUAUUUGGGGUAGAAUAAUGAAGGGAAACAAAGCUAACAGCAUUAAAGAAAUGCAAGGAGAGAAAAAAGAUGGUGGCUUUACUCAAGUUUCGGAAAGUAAUAAACGAAGUAAGCAGAAAGGAAAAGUUGACAAUGAAUUGGCGAAGACUGGAAGUGAUGUUGCCUUAAGUGGAAAUGUUAAUCUUGUGUCUGAAAUCAAUGAAGCUUCAGAAACAGUUGGAAAGGGUAAGAAAAAGAGGAAGAAAAACCAAGCAGAUGCUGAAGAUGAUACAAAGGUGAAGAAGUUGAAAGGAUCAGAUAAGGACAUCAGUGACAAAUGUUUUCAAGGGGAUUUUGUACUGGACAAUCAUAACAUUGCAAGCUCUUCAAAAGAUGGUGCUGAAAUGGGGCCUGAUGUUGAUGAGGCAAUUGUGGAUUUGAGUGAGACUAGCCUGACAGAGCUUGAUGAAAUAUCAGUGAAAAGACCAGUUGCUCUGGAGUUUGGAAAGAGUGUUCUUGUGAUUAUGAACCACCCAAUGGAAGUUCCGAUACGGGGACGAGCAAGGGUUUGUGGCAUUAUGGGAACAGCGACAUCCAUGGGCUACGAUAUAAAACCGGGAAAACCUGCGGCAGAAAUUUAUUCUCCCGCUAGUAAUAGUCUGGUUACCAUAGCAACACAAUCUGGUGAAAAUGAUGUCGGAAAGGCGAUGAAAACCAUUGGAGAAAUGUGCAAUGAAGUUAAUGUUACUAAGGGAAAAGCUAAGCUUAUGGCAAGUCUUAGAAAAGUUUUAGAAAUUGAAAAUGAGUUUGUAAUUUUAAAGUUUGAUAAGAUACAAACUAAUAUGUGUAAGUUUAUGUCAAGUUUCUUUCCAUACUCGAGUAUCUUUAAGCUCAGUGAUGAUCAGUCGUUUCUUAGUAGGAAGUUACUUCCCUUAGAAGUGAUAAUGCCAUGUGAGAACACUGAUUUGCCUACCAUACAGACUUCACAAAAGUUGAACUCUAUGACAGCAUCAUGGGAAAGUGCUUUAAAAGCUGAAGUAGCUCCUGUUAUGGUAGUCUGCGGAGGGAAGAAUUCUGGAAAAUCUACAACCAACAGAAUUCUCAUGAACGUUUCACUGAACAGUGUGGAGAGUUUGUACUAUUUGGAGUGUGACAUUGGACAGACAGAGUUCACACCGUCAGGAGUUGUGGCCCUUUACAGAGUUACUGCCCCUGUUAUAGGUCCGCCAUUCUGUCAUCAAAGGAAACCUGUCUGUGCAUAUUUUUAUGGGGGUGUGAGCCCAAGAGAUGAUCCAGACCAGUAUUUACGCUGUGUUCAGAUGUGCGUGAAGACAUACCAACAGAUCGAGGGUCCGAAACCUCUCAUUGUGAACACUAUGGGUUGGAUGAAAGGUCUGGGCUGGCAGUUGUUUGUGGACACAGUUCGUUGGGUACGCCCUAGUCAUAUCGUUCAACUGACGUCCCACAACAAACACGACAACAUUGACCCUCUCUCAUUUCCCAAGCUGAAUUCUUACAGCUGGUCAGACCUGUCUCAGAACAAGACACUUUGUACUUUACCCAGAUUUCUGAACAGGGAGCCCAAAAUUAUCCACAUUGAUGAAACCAUUUCUCCGAGCCAUGACUUCAAGCUGACAGCAGCAGAUUACAGAAAUCUGAGCAUUCUGAGCCACCUUGGCAACGACCUUGAACCAGGCUUGACCUUGACCUCAGUGACCCCAUUUGAGAUCGCCUGGCGCAACGUGUGUGUACAUGUAUGCAGCAUGGAGGUGCAGAGGUCACAGAUCAUGUACGCUUUGAAUGCCAGCCUGGUUGGCCUGUGUAAGGCAGAUAUUUCACAGGGUGAGAGAUACUAUGACGAGGGGCCAGUUUUCAUGCCUCCGGAUACUAUCUUCCAGUGGAUUGGCUUUGGAAUUGUGCGCGCGAUUGAUCCAGAACAGAAACUAUUCUACAUUGUGACCUCCUUGUCUGAAGAAGAGCUAGGGGAGGUGAACUCUAUUGUGAAAGGGGGAGUCACUCUGCCUGAGUACCUUCUGACCUUACAGAAGCAACCAAGGCUGGUCUACGCAGAUGAGGUGGUGUCAACAAUUGGAAUACAUUGUAAGAAGCGGAGGAAAAGACUCACUAGACAAAAUCAAGGAAAAUUUUGACCCUUACAUUUAUGACGGUCUUAAAAGGAAGAGACAAUUUAAUUAUUGUUUUAUUGUGUUGUUGAAGUUCAGCCACCAGAGAGAACCACGGUUUAGAUAAUUUAAUAAUAAAUAGAUUUUUAGAGCAUUUUUUAUGAUUGUGCAGUUUUUAUCAGAUUUCUAAAAUUAUGCCACAUUCAUGUUUUAAUAUGAAUUAUUUAGGAAUAAAUGGUUUAUUAAUGAUUUAA